UCGAAGCGCUGAAUGAAAAGUGUCUCGGCGGAAGCGGCUCCCCACAGGCCCCUCCUGGCGGAGGGCUGGGAGCGAGCGAGUUACCCGCACGUGUGCGGCGCUGAUCCCGCCGUCUCCGCUGCCUUGCCCCGGGUGCGGCCGGCGUUCGCCCCCGCUCAGGAGCGCCUUUCGGCGGCAUUAAUCCGGAGCAGUAAUCGGGCGCUUCGUGGAACACUCUCCGGGGGCAGAUAAUCCCGGGCCAAGCUGUGCCGAGAGGAGAUUGCCUCGCCCGGGGGCUGGAUCAGCCGGCUGCCGCGGAUCAGCGGGGUCAGGUCUGGGCAGGCGAGUCUCCCAGCCAUGAGGGGCUGCUGGGGGAGCAGCGAGUUCCCUCCCGCUAAGCGGCUUAGCCCCCGGCAGAUGUUGUCAGGCUCCCAGCCAGCUCCGAUCAUUGGCGGAGGGAGAGGCCGAGAGGGUCGGGAAACACCUCUAGCUCGGGGGGAAGAGAAGGGGGCUUGCACUGGUGCCUGGCACCCUCCGCCUUGCACUAUGCGGGGGGAGUGAAGAGUUGCACGGCGGCGUCUCGCCUCAGCAGGGGAGCUCCGGUCCCCGGCGGAGGGGAGCUUGGCAGCUGGAGUGGAGGGAGUUUGUCUCCGAUCGCCGCCUCCUCCCCUCUGCUGCUCUUGCUGCCAGGCUGGGUCAGCGCUUGCCGGUGGUAGGGGGAGAUGGCGAAAAUCAGGGUGUCUUACGAGUACACAGAAGCCGAAGACAAAAGCAUCCGGCUCGGCUUGUUCCUGAUCGUCUCCGGCAUCGUGUCGCUCUUCAUCCUGGGUUUCUGCUGGCUCAACCCCGCUUUGCAAGAUUUGCAAGGCAAAGCUGCCAACUGCACGGUGCUCUCGGUGCAACAGAUCGGGGAGCUGUUUGAAUGCACGUUCACGUGUGGCACGGAUUGCAAGGGCACCUCGCUGUACCCCUGCCUCCAGAUCUACGUCAACAACUCGGAGUCCAACUCCAGGGCGCUGCUGCACCAGGACCAGCACCAGCUCAUCACCAACCCUAAGUGUUCAUACAUCCCUCCCUGUGAAAGAGAAAAUCAGAAGAAUUCUGAAAUUGUCACACACUGGCAGGAAUACUGGAAAGUGGAAGUGGGUUCACAGCCAUUUACAUGUUAUUUUAAUGAGCAUCUAAGACCAGAUGAUGUGCUGCUUAGGCGUACCCACGAUGAGAUGGUCCUCUUGCAUUGCUUUCUCUGGCCUCUGGUUACUUUCCUAGUAGGAGUCCUAAUUGUGAUCCUGACAAUCUGUGCAAAGAGCUUGGCCGUCAAAGCAGAGGCAAUAAAAAAGAGGAAACACUCAUAAAUGGAAAAGUCGCUGAAGGAAAAGGAAAAAGUUGUAAGAAAGUCAAAAGUGACAAAUUCAAGAUACCUGCACCUCCAGUGCACCCAGACAUGCCCGUUGCCAAGGUCUUGUCAGGCUUUGGUGUUGCUGAUGCCUGAGGAUUAUUCUUGGGGGACAGCUUUAUGAAACGUCAACUAAUUGCUUCUUCUGCUAUGACAGUAAACAAGAAUAUUCCACCAAAAGAUUCUAAACUGCACCAAAUAUGCUAUACUGUAUUAGACUUAACUUGAACAAUGGCUAAUUUAUCCAGGUCUUAGAUGUACUGAGGGACGAGAUCAGAAAACCCGAAAGGUGGUGAAUUUCAUCUUUGCAAAACAAUCUUUGUUGUUAGUAUUUGGUAUUAAAUAUUUAAAAUAUUAUUUACUUUAUCAUAGACCGUAUUUCUGAAAUAAUAAAGGUUGGUGGUUUUGGUUUUUACCUUUGUUCAAUUCAGUUUUUUUUAAUUUAAAGUUCUAAAGUAACAUAUUCCACUGAUUUUAUUUUUCUUCACUGUACUGGAGAGUUUCAUUUGGAAAUUAACAUUUUAAUUUGGGUCUAGACAAAAUUCUUCAUUCAUCCUCGGUUUAUCUUGCAAAAUAUUAAGAUCCCUGAGGAUUUUUAAUCUUGUAACUGGAAAACAAAUACUGAUUUGUAUUUGAAAGAGGAAAACAAUGCUGGGAAUAAUCCUAUUGACUCAAUAGCAUUCAGUCCUUAGCAGUUCUAUACUAUUCUGUGAGUUAUCGUGUUAGCGUUAUCAGCUUCACAAAAUGGUGAUAUAAACCACACAUACGGCGUUUUGUAGUAGAGAUCCCACUAAGAUGCUGCGUGACACUUCUAAUCACAUACUUAAAUUAGAAAGUUCUAUGAGUCACUUUACAUCACUUUGUUCAAGUGAUGGUUAAAAGAAUAAGAUCUCAACUUUUUACAGUCCCUUAGUGCAUGUAACUAAACUACCAUUGUCACAGUCACUCCAUUGCUGUGUACAGCGUGAACAGUCUCAGCAAAAGGAUGUUUUUCAACAUCAAAAAUAAGAUGUACUAGUAAUUGAAUAACUCAAAAUCUACGUUCUGUAUCUUACCCUGCCAUUUCCAACAUUCAGCAUCGGAAACCUGAGGGAUAUUUAUCCUAGUCAGGUUAGAGAAUAAACGUAGGAGGCACAUUUUAGUUCAAUGCAAAGCUGUCUCUACUUUUGUCACAAGUCUUACUAAUGAGAUUCCACUUUUCAGUAUGUUUCUGGUGUACAUCAUAUCAUGAUAUAGUAGAUUUUUAGCCUUUAUUAAGAAGUCUGGAACUCUAAACCUGCUUUCUAUUUUUUAAUCUCUGCCAUUCUUAGUGUUGAUUUAAAAAAAGAUCUAAUUGGUUGCUUCUGGGCUCAUUUGACAAUUAUCUGUAGAAAUGUUUCCACAAGAAAAAGCAAAUGACUUUAAACCCUAGGAAAUGUUUUGUUGUCAUAAGGUGAUUUCCAUUGUCUAUUAUCCUUUCAGUGGUUAUUGUAUAGAUAAUAAUCAAAUAUUCAAAUGCUUUAAUAGCUUUUUAUUUUGGAAAUUAGCAUACAAUGGGGACAGCAUGGGGUAGGACCUAGGGCUAUAAAUUAGGCCAGCAGUCUGUUCCUAGUUAUGCCACUCCCCUGGUGUUUGACCUCUAGGAUGUCACUUAAUCUUUCUGUGUCUCAAUUUCCUCAUCUGUCAAAUAGGGAUAAUGUUACACUUCUCAAUAAAGUGCUUUGAAAGCUA